UUUAACAACAGUGUUUUAUUAAAAGUUUACUCUGCCGCCCAACGAGGACCUUACUUUUGGAAUCGAAUAAAUUAAUAAGACUUCAAAACACUGUGGAAGAUUUUUCGCUGUUACACCAUCACCCAUUCUGAGAUUGAAUAAAUAAUGAAGAAAUUCAAUAACAAAUUAAUUAAAAACCAACACAUGAAUUGCUGAUACCCAACUCACAAAACAUAAAGAUCUAAACGCUAUGAAUAUUACAAGAUUACCAACGAUAACAACAGAUCAUCAGAAUUUUAAUAACUCAAUAAAUAAUAAUAAUAAUGCUGAUGCUGAUGAUAUAACAUCAGUAUCAGCAGCUGCUAUUUAUAAACAUGAUUUAAAUAUAUCAAUAAAAUAUUUAACACCAUAUACUGGUAAUGAUUUAAUUGGCGCAGUCGGUGGGGCUGCUACAACGAAUCAAACCGAAUCGGAUGGACGUGAUGAAGAAUUAGCACAAUUUGAAAUAUUAACAUUAGCAAUAAUAUUUGUAGUAACACUAAUUGGUAAUGGUGCUGUACUAUUAGCAUUAUAUAAUCGACAAAAAUGUACGGGUCGUAAAAAAUUAUCACGAAUAUAUUUUUUUAUAUUACAUUUAAGUAUAGCAGAUUUAGUUACGGCGUUUUUAAAUGUUUUACCACAAUUAGCGUGGGAGAUAACGUAUCGUUUUCAAGGUGGACCAGUUGUGUGUAAAGCAGUUAAAUUUGGUCAGCCACUUGGGACAUAUUUAAGUUCUUAUAUAUUGUCAGCAACUGCAAUCGACCGUCAUCAAGCAAUUUGUUAUCCAUUAACGUAUUGUUCAUGGACAAGUCGCCGUUCACAAGUAAUGGUAUGGACUGCAUGGAUAAUAUCUCUUAUAUUUUGUAUACCUCAAUUAUUUAUAUUUUCGUAUCAAGAGGUAUCACCAGGCAUUUGGGAUUGUUGGGGAACUUUUCCUGAGCAAUGGGGUGAAAAAACAUACGUCACAUGGUACAGCAUAUCAGUGUUUAUAAUACCACUAAGUGUGUUAGUAUUUACAUAUACACGUAUAUGUUGUGAAAUAUGGAGAAAUGCAAAUAUUGGUAUGCCAUUACGUGCUAUGUCAUCACCACCAUGUUCACCAAAACGACGUGCACCAUUGAUAUCACGUGCUAAAAUUAAUACAGUGAAACAAACUGUUGCUGUUAUAAUAUUGUACAUUGCAUCAUCAUCACCAUUUAUUUGUGCACAAUUAUGGGCUACAUGGGAUCCAUAUGCAUAUAAGUCACCAUUUUGGACAGGUGCCACAUUCACAAUAUUGACAUUAUUGUCAAGUUUAAAUAGCUGUGUUAAUCCAUGGAUUUAUUUAUCGUUUAAUAAAGAACUUAGAAAAUUAUUAAAACAUAUCAUUUGCUCAAAAACAUACAAAAAUAAAAAUUAUAGUACUGCAAUGACGAACAGUGGCGGUAGCAAUUCAUCACAAGGUGUCGAAUCAACAACAGUACGAGUACCCUUACGGAUAUCAUUUUAUACACGAAGUGAUGGUGGUGCGAAUGGUAAACAAACGUAUACAACAAAUUAUCAUCCAUCUGUACGAUAUACACCAAAAAAAUGGACGGUAGCUAUAGAAGAAUUACCACCAUGACAUAACGAACGACAACAUCAUAAUAAAUCGAAUAUUAUAGUAAAUUCACAAAAUUUUAGACAAAAAUAUUAAAUUACACAUUCAUUUUAUUCAAUAGAAAAUGAUUUAACAAUACGUUUUUGGCAUAGUAUCCCAUAGAAAGAACUCUUAAGGAUCUCGGACCAAUUUGUUAAAACUUUGGGAAAUACUUCUUAACGAGUCGAAUAGUACCUAUAUAGAAUUUCAGUAUAAUUUAUAAUACUUAAAAUACCUUAGCCCAAAAAUUGUGACCAUUUGACAAUUUAGUGUAGUCUCUAAGAUGUCAACCGAAAUCAUAUAUGAAGGGCGACCCGAAGAAAAUAUGGAUUUUUUUUCAAGAAAAUCAAAGGUUUAGAGUUAG